CCCAUUGGCUUGGACCUGGUGACUCAAUCAAAACGUCAGCUUGCCUUUGUUGUCAAAAGAUGCAUUUGCCACAAGGACAGUCCAUUGUGUUAUACGCAGCCACUGGGUCAUCAUUGGAUGCUGUAGUCAAGUCAAUUUGGACAUCUCCACCAUUGCUAUAGUGUCAGCAUCUUAUUCUCCUAUAGGAGUUGGAGUUCCUCAAGCAAUUAUGUGUUGACAGUGCACGUUUGUAUCGGUUGUUAGCUGUCAUACUACAUGUACAUUGAAAUAUUGUAGGACUAGAGAAAGCUGCUCCUAGUUGUGUAAUCGUUUGUUAAUGGAAUAGGAGGUUAUGCUUUGAUUUGUUGGAAAGUGGACAUCAAACAUUGGGCAGUUCUCUCUCUUUGAUCGUCCAAAUUUGUAUUCUAUUUCCUCUGAAGGCAUUGUUGGAUGUUAUAUUAUGCCAUUGACGAUGGCCCUUUUCCAAAGCCUAUAAGAGUUACAGAAUUCAGAAAGCAGUGGGAUAUUAAAAAGGACUAUAGAAGACAAAAGCAUUAUUUGUUGAAGACAUCUCUGUUUUGGUUUCAUCAGUAACACAUACAUAAAGAGUAGCAGCAGCAGCAGCAAACUAAUAACGGGCUUGGACAUCUUUUGUUAUCGUGGCCUUGUGUCCCUUUCUCGCAGCACGUUGGACUGGAAUAUAGGGGGCAUAGCACGCCAUCGGUUUCUAGUGGAAAGGGUCAAUUGUUGGGAAGGUAUCAUAUCAGUAGUAGGGGAGAAAUCUUAUACAGAAUGACGUCGCACGAGAUAACAUCAGGCUUUGUGAAUAGCUACGAUUAUUGCAACCCCCGCGAGGUACCACACAUUACACGCAACGGCAGGCCGGCCUACAAUUCAAGAAACAUGUCUGAGACAUUCCACACCCCAAGUUUUGGUGAGGACUUUGAGAUUCUACCCAUCACUCCUCCCAGGAUGCCAGGCGAGGGUGCUACGCCGGGAAUGAACCCUGCCUCAGCCGUAGGAUACCCUGAACACACCGCUGCUGGUGGUGGAGGAGGGGGUGGUGGUGGGGGUACAGAACCCACCUUUCACACUGCCGGAAGCCCCCAACAGAUGUCCUCCUUGACCUCCCCUCUAAACCCUCAACAAGCUACAAACGUUCCAAGUCCACGGACCUCCACGAAUUCUCCAGUACUGUCACAAGCCCAAUCCCCUGCCCUGAGCCACACUAUGAGCCCUGCAGGAACCUACACAACCUCCUUGUCGAAUGUCACACCCAGUUACUCGAGCCAGUCCUCCCCAGUAUUUUCAGAUCAGCUCUCACACAUGACUGAAAGUUUGCCAGUGGCGACAUCGGCGCAAGCCCCCGUUAACCCUCAGUUCCCCCCUCAGAUGUUUGACGUACCGCCCAUCACGGAUGCGGCUUGCAGUAUGGGACACUUUAACAGUGGUAUGGACCCCGUCAUGGCCGCCUCCCUAGGGAGCUCAAUGUCUGGGGCCACCACCCAUAUGAGCCCCUCCUACCACAUGUCACACCCACAGCAACCGGGGCAACACCACCCCCACCCUGGGCAGCAGCAACAGCAACCGCACCACCCUCACCACCCCCAGCAAGCACACCACCCUCAGGACAGCAGUAAUUUCUUCCAUCAUGGUCAUACAGAGAUGGGUCCACCCCACCCACCCGGUCCACAGCACCUAUCUACCAUCAAUCACUCACAGCUUGGGCUUGGCUUGCACCAUGGAGGACUGCCCCCUAUGUCACAGCAACACCAUGCACAACUCAUGGCAGGACAGACUGCCUCUCCCCCUCACAUGGUAGCUGGUAGGGCGGGGCACCUAGAGAGUAGUGAGGACAGCGAUGACAACACUCCUCUUGCACAGUUUGCUGCUCAGGCCAAGCGGCCAGAGGUCGUCAAAGAAACGAAAAAGAAGCCCCCCAAGCGCAAGCGUAAGAAGGACCCAAAUGAACCCCAGAAGCCAGUCUCCGCCUAUGCUCUGUUCUUUAGGGAUACACAGGCGGCCAUCAAGGGUCAGAAUCCCAACGCUAGCUUCGGAGAGGUCUCUAAGAUCGUUGCAUCAAUGUGGGACAGCUUGGAUGCUGAACAGAAGGCCGCUUACAAGCAGAGGACGGAAACGGCAAAGAAGGAAUACUUGAAGAAGCUUGCAGCAUACAGAGCAAGUUUAGUUUCAAAGGCCGCCGUAGACCAGAUGGACCCUGAGGAGCAGUCUCCCAGUAAGCAGCAGAGACUGUCUGGUCCGGUCUCGGUCUCUCCCCCUCAUGGUGCUAAUGUGGCCGGUGUCGUCGGCCAGCACCAUCCCUCUGUUGCACCCAGGGUUAUUGCACCCAAGCCACCGUCAUCGUCCAAUGCACCGGUGGGCGGCGGCACCAUGACAACUGCAGCAAGCCCGUACGGUCAGCCGGCAGCUAUGGUACAACCAAUGCAGAACGUACAAAGAGUCGUCAAACCAAUGUCGCCACCGAAGGCCGUAAGCGAGCCACAGCCAGUGCUGUGUACUCGCAGCGGGUGUAACCGGCCUCCUAUAGAAAGCCCCGAUUGGGAUAACGAAUAUUGCAGCUCGCAGUGUGUCGUAGAACACUGCAGGGACGUUUUCACUGGGUGGGUGGUGACGAACAAUGUAAGCUCCGGAAUGGUGCCUCAUUCGGUCAAAUAGGAUGCCCGGACCCCCUGCGUGCAUCAUACGGUUGGUACCAUGGACAGCACCCCCCUGGCAGACAAAUGGACAUGCCCUAUGCUCACAUGUAAAUGUAUUUAUGAGCUUGGUCGAAACACUUAGUAAAUAGGGGUGGAGAGCACUGGUAAAGAAACAAAUUGUUAUCAAAUCUUGAAGGAAAUUAAAGUACUAAAGGAAACCCAAAUCAGGAGGGCAAAUGGAAAGGUAUGAUAGAGAGAGGCAGUUGGAAGAAAGUUUUAUCAAAAUCGGUUACAAACUGACACAGUGGAUGGAUGUAAAAAGUCUCAAUUUAUUUUUAUAUGUUGGAACUAAAAUUGUCAUCAUUGAUUUA